ACCAUCAUUGACACUCCAGGAUACGGAAACACUGAAGGAUCCGAGAAAGACAGAGAGAUUUCUGAGUAUCUAACCAAAUUAUUUUCAGCUGAGGAUGGGAUUCAUUAUAUUGAUGCAGUGUGUUUUGUGAUGAAGACGUCUCAGAAUCGACUCUCUGAAAAAGAGUUUUACAUCUUUCACUCAGUUCUGUCUAUACUUGGUAAAGAUAUAGAGAACAGCAUAAUGUUUCUCAUGUCACAGUCAGAUGGAUUACCUCCAACAGAUGCUCUUAAUGCCAUUAAAACAGCAGAAAUACCCAGCAGAAAGAAAACUAAAAAACAACCUUUUCACUUCGUAUUCAACAACCGACAGAAAGAGAAAAGAGACAAAAAGUUUGAUCAUAUCUACAGAUUAUCAUGGGAAAUGGGAGAGAGAAGCAUAAAUGAGCUCUUCACACUCCUGGAAGAAAAGAACAGAAAAAGUGUUCAGUUGACAUUAGAUGUUCUGAAAGAGAGAAGCAAACUUGAGGUCUGUGUUGACAAUCUGAAGGAGAGAAUCUCUGAGAAUGAGUUAAAAAUUAAAGAACUGAAUCAGAUUCAGGAAGCCCUCAGACAGAACGGAGAAAAUAUUAAAAAUUGUAAAAAUUCUGAGGUUAAAGUCAAUAGAAGUUUCAAAGAAAAAGUCUCCAUUGAAAAUGCAUCAUGGAGGAACAGAAACGCAACCUGCUGCUCCGUCUGUGAGGAAAACUGUCAUGAAAACUGCUGGUUUGCAACCUGCUGCUCCAUCUGUGAGGAAAACUGUCAUGAGAACUGCUGGUGGGUGAAUGAUCUCUCAUGGUGUGAAGCCAUGCGGAACUAUAACUGCACUGUGUGUACAGGAAAGUGUCAUUACAGCAAACAUGUCAGAGAGAACAAAAAAUAUGUGAUGAAGACAAAGGAAGAUAAAAUGAAAUUUGAAGAAUUUGAAAAAGAGUACGAACACAAUGGUGACCAGAAUGGAACCAGCUUUAACAAAGAAGAAUAUGAAAAUAUUAAAAAGAAACUUGAAAACAACAUGAAAGAGUCUGAAAAUAAAACAAAAGAAGAAGAAAAACUGAAAAGUGAACUGGAAAAUAAUAAAAAUGAAAAGUCCAAACUGCUGCAUGACGCUUACAUCAGCAUCGUGAGUCUGUCUAAGGUCGCAUUA